UCACAGGUACAGGGCCGGAACGAAACCUACUUCCGCUGCCUUAAAGAGACGCAAGUUAGGAUCCCACCAGAAACACCCAUCCUCAUCCACGAAGGGGAAUACAUCCGGUUCGCGUUUUCCCACAAAUAUGACCGCGUCGAGCGGCAGGUGUUGUGGACCGUUGCCGGGGCUUAUCCUGUCCAGGAG